AUGAGUGAGCAGUCUCACACGCUUAAUAGGUGCCAGAACAUGUUUUCUUUUUCGGUGCUGCUUCUCCUCUGCGUGUUGCUGAUAUGUUGCGACAGUACGGCUGUGCACGCUCAGGGGAAUGAACAAAAGGUGGCGCAGCUUCAAAGGGGUGUCGAUCUUUUUGUGCCGCAUCAAACGGUUGUGGAAACACAAGGUGAAAAUCAAAAGAGGGAUUCCUUUUUUUCCCCUUCCCUUGCCAGUGCUGGCGGAGUGUUGGUUGCACUUGCUGAGGGUCACACCGACUUCCGAGGCCCCGGUGAAGAAUAUCCUUCAGCCUAUGACGCUGAUGUUGUGGCGGGGUACGUUGACUCUGCGGAGAACUGGUCGUCUUUUGUCGCUAAGGUCCGUGCAAACAAAUGGAAGGCGUACAACAUCUUUAACACGACCACGCAAGAGGAGCAUAACGACCGUCUGAGAUAUGCGCCCCGACCUACAACAAUUACAAAGGGCAACAAGGUUUUUCUACUUGUGGGGGGCUAUCAUCAGAAGUAUGAUCCUUCAUCGAGGGAGUGGAUUGCAUCCUCACAGGGUCUUGAUUUGUUCGUGGGUGAGGCCACGCAAGAUAAAGUCAUUCAAUGGGGCAAAUCCACCUCGCUUGUACCACAAAUCGAACCAUCUGCUAAACAACGUGGCCUGGACCGGUUUGUUGGUGGUGGUGGCUCGGGCGUUGUGAUGGAGGAUGACACGUUUGUGUUUCCUGUGACGGCGAGAAGGACAAGAGACAACAAAACUGUCUCCACGAUCAUUUAUUCGAAGGACGACGGCAAAAAUUGGUUGCUUUCACAGGGGAUGCUCCUUGUGGGGUGCACUAACCCCCUCAUCGUUGAGUGGGAGCAGGGGCAGCUUGUCAUCGUUGCCCAAUGUAAUUCUUUCUUAAGGGUGCUCGUGUCGAGGGACAUGGGGGCAACGUGGACGGAGCCCGUCAGGACACUCACACGCGUGCAUCCCAGGUUUUUACCAAACGCUUGGCGAACAUCUGAUAGAGUGUGGUCCCUCACCACUGCGACCAUUGCUGGAAAGAAGGUUAUGCUGUACACUCAGCAAGGGAUUCCCCCUGGGGACACGUUGCAAGCCACCGCCCUCUACCUUUGGGUC